AGGUAGAGGAGCAGACGACGCGAGACGCCUCGGCUCAGAGUAGAUAAAGCCAUAACGAUCAUACUCACCAAGUAAAUAAAAAUACAUGGUAUGGCAACAAGUAACACAAACCAGCUAAUAUAUGAAAAUGUAUAUGUGUGAAACCACUUUGAACUCUCGCCUUUUGAUCUACACGUGUAUCUAAAUACAAUAAGAGGCGCUGCCGGCUUCUCACUUCAAAACUCCACCGAAGGCAAAAUUCACAAGCAUUCAAUUCAGUUACAUAAAUUAGCAACCCCUUGAUUUAGUAAGGUACACGAUACUAACAUAAAUCAGCCCUACGACGUCAUUAACACCUCAAAAUGGCGCCGAUAACUUAUAACUGAAAGACUAGCACUUAAGACUCAAGGGGUGAGAUAGCGUCUAUUGAAGCGCAACGACAGAGAAUGGUUUCUUUCUGAUGUGAUUUUUUUGUUGCCGAAUUGCAAUGGGGGUGUUAAGGGGCAGGGGUGGGGGCCGGCCGGGCUCAGGCGUGCGCACCGGCAGUAUCUGACCGCCUGUCGUCCCGAGCGCCCGUCCGCGCCGUUCGUUGUCCCUACCGGCCCCACGUUGGGCGCCAUCCGACACUAUCGCGAUCUCUCUGUAUUCUAACCUCAACCCAUAUUUACUGUAUAAUGUGUGUACCAGUGGUGAAGUAAAGUGUCAAGUGACGUAUAAAAAAGGAGAUUGUUCAAGUGUUUAGUGUUUCCUAUCACUAAGACGUCAAAACAUCGCAUCUAAUUGACAUACAUUUACAUAAGUGGCUUGAAGAGAUUUAUUAGUGUUCAGAUAAGUCAAUACAAGUGAAGUGACACAAGUGUACCUACCCUGCUGUUGUCGACGGACUUCACUAGACCGUACCACGUUCAAAAAUGUAACGAACUUACUCUAAGAAAAUGCAAGCUCUCGCUCUAGCAAGAUGGAAACAGUGUAAGAUGAAAGAGCGAGCAUGAGAGAGCCAGGGACCAGAGUGUUGAGCAAGAUGCUGCUCUCGCUGCUGCUGCACUGCUUCUGCGUGGCUACCACAGCUUCUGUAUCUAGUGGAGGUCUCGGUGGAUUAUCAGGCGUGACGAGCGAGGCGCGCCCUGAGCGACCAUACUUCGACGACGUGUCGCCGCGGAACGUGACAGCGGUUGUCGGUCAAUCGGCCGUGCUGCGGUGCCGCGCUAAGCACAUCGGGAAUCGGACUGUAUCGUGGAUGCGUAAGCGCGACCUCCACAUCCUGACGUCCCACAUCUUCACGUACACGGGCGACGCGCGCUUCAGCGUGCUCCACCCUGAGCCCUCCGAUGACUGGGACCUCAAGGUGGACUACGUGCAGCCGCGGGACGCAGGCGUCUACGAGUGCCAGAUCAACACGGAGCCGAAGAUCAAUAUGGCCGUGUUUUUGACAGUUGAAGCGGCCGCAGCUUCCAUCUGGGGUUCUCAGGACGUGUAUGUGAAGAAAGGAAGCACAAUAUCUCUGACUUGUUCUGUGAACGUGCACUCUUCGCCACCGUCGAGCGCGUCCGUGCUCUGGUACCACGGCAACUCCGUGGUCGACUUCGACUCGCCCCGCGGCGGCAUCAGCCUCGAGACAGAGAAGACGGAAGGCGGAACCACCAGCAAGCUGCUGGUGACCAAAGCGGCCCUGACCGACUCGGGGAACUACACGUGCGUGCCCAACAACGCGCACCCGGCCUCCGUGUCCGUGCACGUGCUCAAUGGUGAGCACCCUGCCGCCAUGCAAACGAGCAACCGGGCGUCGUCCUACCUCACUGCGCAGCUGAGUUGCGCGGCAGUCACCUAUCUGCUCUCUUCUAUGGCUUGCAGAUGAUCGGCUUAACCGAUACGUUAGAAAAGGACGGAGCUUCUUCUUCGGCUUCCAUUGCGGGAUUCGUUAAUUUUGAAAU